ACUGACACAGCUAUGAUACAACCCAUCUUCUGGCGAAUACAACAUAUGACACACACAUACAAAGUUUAAAUACAUAAAAUGUCAUAACAGAAAGUAGGAGGAAAGAAUUUGGUCACGUAAAAAAAAGGUUGAAAGUUUUUAAAAUGAACACCAAACUGAGCUGCUGAGAUCAGUUUGAUGUGGCUGUUGCUGGCGGUGAACAUCUUCACUUGUUUCCAUAAUAGGACAUGAGGUGUCACUACAGGUUGACCAAUCAAAAGCAGUCUUCUCUAUGAGGUGUCGAGAAGAGAUCAAGAGUCUUCUCAUUCAGCACUGCAAUUUGAGCACGAUGACAGCUCCAAAGUUACUUUUCUAUUUCACAUUUCUCAUCUUGGACAAAAGUGCUCAGAUGACUGAUCAAUCCUCAUCUUUUCAUCAAGAGAGAGAAUUUAUAUCAGCAAAUGUCGGAGACAACAUAACUUUGAAAUGUAUCUAUGAAGAUAAAACGGUACAACGUUUUUUCUGGUAUAAGCAACCUCUCGGACAGAAACCAAGACUGAUGUCUACCUUCUAUGGGUCCAUUAAGAACAUUGCAUUUCAUGAUGAGUGGAAGAACAACCCACGCUUUACACUGGAAGCCGUAAAUGGUGGAAAUCACUUGAAUAUCAAAGAUUUACGCAAUUCGGACACAGCUACUUACUUCUGCGCAGUUAGCUUUUCAGUAACUUAUACAUUUGCAGUGGGUACUUUAGUCAGCGUUAAGAGUUCAGGUUUGAAUAUCCCGGCUACGGUUUAUCAGUCUGAAUCUGAGACCAUCCAGCUUGAAAGCUCUGUGACUCUGAACUGUACAGUCCACACUGGGACCUGUGAUGGAGAACACAGUGUUUACUGGUUCAGAAACUCUGAAGAAUCUCAUCCAGGACUCAUUUACACACAUGGCGGCAACAAUGAUCAGUGUGUGAGGAGCUCCAACACAGAAACAAACACCUGUGUCUACAACUUGCCAUUGAAGAGCGUCAGUAGCGCUCAUGCUGGGACUUACUACUGCGCUGUCGCCUCAUGUGGACGCAUUCUCUUUGGAAACGGGACCCACCUGGACAUUGAAAAAGAGGACUACUCCCAUAUCUUGGUGUAUUUCUUGAGUGGAGCUUUGACAUUAACCACCAUCCUUAGUUUUUCACUCACUGUGAUACUGUUCAGUAUUAGGAGGAAAAUCAGCUUUCACUCUGAAGAAACUUCUGCUUCAUCUGCUACAAAUACACAGGGUCACAUAAAUGAAGAUAAUCUUCAUUACGCUGCUUUAAGGGUAAACCAGGCCAGCAGAUCAAGAAGACAUGUGGACGACACACCAGCUGAAUGUGUGUACUCCAGAGUAAAGACAUAAAUCAUGACGCUUCAUCUUUGGCUACCUGUGGCAGGACUAAAACUAUUGACUGUGUUUACCGGUUAUUUGGCUUUUCAGACAACAGGGAUCUUUCAAAUGUUUUACCAUAAAUGUCUAAUGUAAAACAGUAAUACUAUAAUACAAAUAGUGUGACAUACAAUUUAUUUAGUACAAUGAUUUUCAGUUUCUCUCCAAUUGUAUGUUACAGUGUUAUGACCCUGGGUCAUAUUUUUUUAUUGUGGUACAGUAUGUUCAGUUCUUUCUCCUCCCUUGCAGUGUGUGUGUGUGUGUGUGUGUGUGUGUGUGUGUGUGUGUGUGUGUGUGUGUGUGUGUGUGUGUGUGUCUGUGUGUGUGUGUGUGUGUGUGUGUGUGUGUGUGUGUGUGUCUGUGUGUGUGUGUGUGUGUGUGUGUGUGUGUGUGUGUCGGUGUGUGUGUCUGUGUGUGUGUGUCUGUGUGUGUGUGUGUGUGUGUGUGUGUGUGUGUCUGUGUGUGUCUGUGUGUGUGUGUGUGUGUGUGUGUGUGUGUGUGUGUGUGUGUGUGUCUGUGUCUGUGUGUGUGUGUGUGUGUGUGUGUGUGUGUGUGUAUGUCUGUCAAUCAGAUGCUGGUGCAGGUGCUGCGUCUGAUUGGUCAGUUCAACUAGUAUUCCUGGAUUACACCUGACAUGACAGCUUUUAAUGUUGUAUUCACAUAAGACCUCAGAACUCAGAAAUUCAGAGUUGCUGGUCUGAUACGUAAACAGGGUCAUGUAAUUAAAUCAAUCACACCUAUAGUGUCGUGCAAGUUAUAUCUGUGUGUAUACAUGUUGUCAUGUUACUAAACUAUCAGGUAGUGUGUUGUUAUUGCCUGGUAUUAGCUUACAAAACAAAGAUACUCAAGGAGGAGUCCAUGUUUCUUGUCCGACUUGUUGCAGACUCGCAACUGGAACGUGGUUAAUUGGGCUGUGUGGUCAUUCCCAGAUCCGAGUUCUGAAGUAAAAGGAACGGACCAUAAAUCUCAGCUGCUGCGGCCUGCUCUCCUUCCUUCACCUCACACUCUUACUAAUACCAGCAUUUAGCUCUGAGAUCUCCAGUCUUUAGAUCGGUGAAAGUUAUGGAGGCCUGAGUUUUUUAGAUUGUGUGUGAUCGAUAUUUUGAGUGUUAUUUUGUAUAUAACUUUUUAAAAAUAGAUCAUUGAACACUUGAUCAGCAGUGUAGGAAUGACUAGCCUUUUUUGAUUUUCCUGUGAUGUGUCAAUUGUUUAAACUUGUGUUUUGGUUGGGGACCAUUGGGGAUUUUAUUAAAUAACUUUUGCUCGAUGUUUUAGGCACUGCCCAGCUCUGUAUUAAAAUAAACAGCUGCUUGAACUCUGAA